AUGGGGGUCAAGCAGGAGCCCCCGCACAUUAAAGAGGAAGCUGAUAGAGAGGACUGUGGAGUACCAGAACCAGCCAAGAACUCACACCUAGAUGUACAUUUCGAAAGCGAUACUGAAGACGAGACUUCAUACUCUUCUGAAACUGAAAAAGAGUGCGAGGAUCCCAACGGAAAGCCAUUCCGCUGCUCCGUGUGUGCCAAGACAUUUAAACACAGGGGAAAUCUGAACAUACACAUGAGAACGCACACAGGAGAGAAACCUUUCCGCUGCUCUUUGUGUGGCAAAACGUUCACGCAGAAAGCCGGGCUGGACUACCACUUGAGGACUCACACAGGAGAGAAGCCGUUCAGCUGCUCCGUCUGCGGGAAGACGUUCAGGAACAAAGGAGGCGUGACAUACCACAUGGCGACGCACACAGGGCUGAAAGCGUUCAGCUGCGGCGCGUGCAAGAAAAGAUUCCGGGCGGCAUCGCAGCUCAGAGCCCACAAGUGCGUGGGCGAGCACUCGGAGCUUCACGGGAAACGGAGCGAGGCGGGCCGGAAGCCGCUGAGCUGCUCCGAGUGCGACGCAACGUUUCCAAACAAUUACCUCCUGGUGACCCACACGAGAAUGCACAAAGGAAAGAAACUGUUCACGUGCUCCAUCUGUGGCCAGAAACGCCAGUUCAGUUCCCACCUGGCGAUACACAUGAGAACCCACACGGGCGAGAAGCCGUACAGCUGCUCCGUCUGCGGCAAAACGUUCUCCCAGAGAGGUAUCAUGUCGCAGCACAUGGCGGUGCACUCCGGCGUGAAGCCGUUCAGCUGCGCCGUCUGCGGCCGCCGCUUCUUUUGGCACUUCCAGAUCAAAAAGCACAAGUGUCUCGGCGCGUUCUCGCAGCGGAGAAGAGCCGGCUUUAAUGGAGAGAACUACGGAGGAGCAGAGGCAGCUGGACAUUUAACGGCGGGUGCGUAUCGAAAGACUGAAGCGUCGCCCGAAACUGAAGCUGAUGCUGAGUUUUGGAAAGAGACCCGGCGACAUCAGUCAGGGUUCACUUAUCGGAGGAAUAAAAACGUAAGGGAUGGAUGUAACACUGGAACUGCAGCCGGCGCCGAGCAAAGUGUGGAACCGAGCAGGCAGCCUCAGUCCGGUCGUGAUGCGCUGAAAGCUGAGCACAUCUCUACCGGGGAUACAAAAGAGAAACCCUUCAGCUUUUCUGAGCGCCAGGAAAGAUGUGACGACACUCUGCUGACACACCAGAACUCCCCCGCAGAAGAGAAACCUCUAUCAUUUUGUGGGAAAGCUGUCCACGUGGGAGAGAAAGCGCUCAGCAGCGGCAGCGUUUUUGAGAAAAGCUUCACUGAGGAGCUGCGGCACAGACUGUUGGGGAGAGGGUAUAACCGUAAGCACCAGCUGCAGGUUCCCAUCAGACUUCACGCGGCGCUGAAAGGUCGCUCAGUUCGCGGCAAAACGUUUCCCAAGCGGGACGGUUCACACGCGGCGGAGGCGGCUUUCCGCUGCUCGGUGUGCGCCGCGGCUUUCGCCGACAGCGAGGCGUUGGUCCAACACAUGAGGAUUCACACGAGGCAAACGCAGUUCAGCUGCGCCGUCUGCGGGAAAGAAUUUGCAUGGCGACGGUAUCUGACCAAACACAUGGAACCUCAGUCAGCUUUAAACUCUCUGAAACAUGAUUCAACAUGUAAGGAAACAUUCAGCUGCUCCGAGUGUGGGAGGAGAUUUGGCUGCAAGACAACUCUAAGGAGACACACGAGAAUCCACGCAGGGGAGAAACGAUUCAGCUGCAGAUUUUGUAACGAAAGAUUUGCCCGGCGCCCGCAGUUCCAAGAACAUCGAUGCGUUGACGGUGAAACUGAGGAGAACAGAAAGGCAGAGCCUCCAUCCAGGAACUCGCAUCCACGUACACUUGUACAACCGGAGACGGACGACAGCGCCGACAGUGAUUUUUGGAAGGAGACCAGAGAACGUCGGAAACCCGAAAGCGGCGACGACAGCGUUGACAGCGACUUCUGGAAGGACGACAGGAAACCUCAGUCCGGUUUAGACUCUCCGAACAACAGCGACGGCAGCUCCGAACGUGACGUGAGAUGCGAUGACCCUCUGAGGAAGCCGUUCGGCUGCCCGGAGUGCGGGAAGAGGUUCCUCAACCUCUGCAACCUGAAGAACCACACCAAAUAUCACACAGGAGAGCGAGCCUUCUUCUGCUCCGUUUGCGGCCUGAAGUGUCUAUACCGGUCCCACCUGAAGAUCCACAUGAGGACUCACACGGGGGAGAAGCCGUUCCCGUGCCCAGUUUGUGGGAAAAAGUACGCACACAAGGCGAGCAUGCAGUCGCACAUGGCGGCCGUCCACACGGUGGAGAAACGCUACAGCUGCAGCAUCUGCGGCCACGGCUUCGCUUGGUACACAGAGCUCAAGUACCACCAGUGUGUCGGGGAGGCCUCCGAUGGACAUGCAUAGAUACGUGGUCGCGUGGUGUCCCAAAGCCACACCCUCCGGAGGGGAGGGGGGGAACGACAGGCAACUAAGGGUUGAAAUGCUAACAAAAGUGCCUGUAGCUGGCUAAACACAAAAGAUGUAAGCAUGUCAAAGGGUUUUAGGGCCCUAUCUCGCACCCAGCUCAGCGCAAAGCCAGACACAAGUGUCUUUGCUAGUUUAAGACCGACGCGGUUGUCAAUUUCCCGUCCAGCGCCCACGUCGUUUAAAUAACAAAUGCUCUUGAAUUGCUAUCUUGACGCAGCGGGAAGUGAGCGUGCCAUUGUCCUGGUCUAAAGUCAAUAACGCAGCGUUUCAUUGUUAUUUUAACAGAGCAUUAGUAAAAUGC